AUGAAUCACAUACAUAAUUAACAAGGGAGAAAGAUUUGGUAUUACUUUGAGUGGAUAAAUUAAUAAACACUUAAUAGAUAGAAAAAAAGAAAUCAAAUUAAAAAAAAGAAAAAAAACUAAAUAUAUUUAGCACCUCAAAUAUCAAUAAAAAUGUCUUAAUUAGUUUGGGAAAUCGUCAAGAACAACAACGCUUUCUUAGUUAAGAACAACGGUGUUGCUUUCACCACUGACCCCUUCUCUGUCACUGGUAGAAACACUCAAGUCGGUCUUGGUUUCACCCACAGACACGGUGUCGCCUUGAAGGGUGGUGCCAAGCAAGCUAUUGCUACUUCCCUCAGAAAGAACCAAUCUCACAAGGUCAAGAAGACUGGUACCAUUGAAGCUGAAACUCUUACCGUUAAGGGUGGUGUUUAAAGAGUUGCUAAGGUUAUUAGAGGUAGAUUCCAAUCUAAGGGUCUUAAGCAAUUCGCUCUUAAGAAGCUCGUUAACUUCCACAGAGCUAAUGUCAGAGCUCAAGCUAACCUCAAGGCUGAAUCUAAGGCUAAGAAGAACUGA